AUGGCAGCUGUCAGAGCUCAGGAUAUGUUAGGCAGCAAGUAUGAUAACUAUCCUGUCCUUAGUUAAUGAAGUGGAAGCAGGAAAACUGAGCAAGAACCGGGGUCUAAGUGACUUUAUGAAGAGUCAAACUGUGGUGGCAGUUUGCUGCAGCUCUUGAGCGGCGGUCAGUACCGACUAAAAGUAGAACUACUGUGAAUAAACCUGCAACAGGGUGACGGACGGCAGAGUGCUGCUUGUGGACAGGCAGGAGUGAAGGAUCCAGCAGAAGUGCUACAGACAGCAGAAACUCCUGAAGAAGUUCAUCCUGCCUCUGAUAGAGACGUGUCAACACAGACAGAGUGUCAGAGUCAGCAGCAGAGGGAGGAAGGUGACCCGGAGAAACACUCGAGAGCUGAUUGGUCUCUAGAUUUUCCAUCGAAAUCAAGCUUGAUCAAUGGACGCCACACCCUGCAACGCCAAAAACCUGAAGGACCUGACGGUGGCGUGCUGGUGCCAAGUACCUCAGUAUACCUCCAGAUGGUCCAGUAA